GCGACUCUUCGCUAACUAGGCACCGCACGGAGCCAACACCGUCACACACACGUGUCGCUGGAGCUUGUCCAUGGCUGAGCUCAAGGCUUCUCGUGCGAAGCAGUUCAUGUCACGGCGCUCAUCAUUUUUUCCCUCAGCGCGCUCGCUUGUGAUACCUCGAGCUUCCACCUGGACCACCCAGGCCUCACGGAGAGCUUCAAGUGACGCGACGACCGCGUGAGGAGCGGUCCCUCCGCGAUCAUGGCGCGGGGGAAAGCUUCGAACAUGCCGUCCCACGGCGCAGGCUCCAUGGCCGGGUCCGUGGACAAGGACAGAGAAGCCUUCGAGAUGCGGCAGUACGAACUGAUCCUGCAACUACAGGACACCAUCCUCUCUGGUCGGCACCCGACGAUCCGGCCGCCCAAGGAUCAGAGUGCUAUUAUCGCACGGCCCCCAGCUGAUGGAUAUGCUGUGCCGUCGACAGUCACAGAUGCUAAGCAUGCGAACCGCACAGGCGGCGCGCAGUCGUCGUCGACGAGUAAAGCCAAGGGCAAAGGGAAGGCCCCGGCUGUGGCGAAAGCGUCCACGUCGAGCGGCACGGGCCCUCUCGCAACGAGGGCCGUUGAGUUCGAUCCGAUACUCCUCGAAAAGUCCGAGGAACUGGUGCAGGCCGAGCUGAUGCUGCAACGGCAGAGACUCGAGCGAGCCCUGAAAGACGAAGUGGACCGGCGACGAGGGCCUAGGGCCUCUCAAGCGGAGAAGCAGAACGCAGAGCUUGAUCUGUCCGAUGUUCUCUCCAAGGCCCAGGCCCUCGUUCCCGCGGUCCAGGAUCCUCCCCCUCCUACUGCUACUGCCACAGCCGCCGCCGCCACUAUGCCAGCUGAAGACGGUUUAACUGAUAACAAGGACGCUGAAAGUGAUUCGUUCGAUGACGAUACCUUUUAUUCCUCGCAGCACGAGACACCUCAGUCUCACAUGGCUUCUCGAGUUCGCAACGCAUCUGAAGCGGCACACAGCCCGACCGUUGUCGCCCGCGAACCGCCGCCCCCCGCCCAGGCCGCUCCUCAACAACCACCCGGCCAGCAGCCUACCACCCUCCCUGGGCAACCGACCGCGAAUGCUGUAAGGCGUGUCGACGCCCAGCCUAUUUCGCUUGCGAACGCUCCCACGGCCGCUCCCCAACCCCGCGUGGUUCCAGGCCUGAAUAAUUAUAUUGGCGUGGAAGAAGCCUCGACUCGAUUCGUUCAAGCCCCAACGAGCGGCGAGCAGAGCUUAUCAGACGACUCAGCACACAUGGACUACGAGCCCCCGGAAGCCGAAGACAAUAUGAGUUGCGUUGCGCAGCGAAUCGACUCGUAUAUGGAGAUGCAUCCUCCGUCACCGCACAUAAGGAGCCAUGCUUUACAGCCGCUGGCACCUCAACCGUCUCAGGUCUCUUUACUGGUUGCCGCUUCCCAGGGCCGGAUGCCUCACCAGCAAACCAUUCCCCGCACACACGGCACGCCGGCGCAGGUUGCGGCGCUGCGCAAUGAGCACUCCACGGCGACCAGUCCCGACAGCUCAUCCCAAGGUGGGAAGGGCUCGGAGAGGAAGAAGGCGAGGAAGAAGAAAAGAAAGGCAGACCGGCAAGCGCCGGAUGCUAACGUCAGUCCCUACAUAAAGCCCGAGCCUCGAUCUCCGUCGCCCAUUUUUGCCCCUGAAUACAGGGCAAACAAGCGCCAGCGACAGGCUCAGGGGCGUGUUGUCGAUCUCGAGUAUGAGCCGAGAUUCGAGCCACCGCCGGCUAACGGCAAUGAGGGCCAAGUCCUGACCCGGCCGUACAGAGACGAACCCAUCCCGCUGGGCUACGAAGGCGCCAGCGUAUAUCCUCAACGCGCAGCCAGCACGACGUAUCUCGGCGAGUCGAGAUACGUUCGGCAGUAUGUCGACGACCACAGGAUACCAGCCGAGGGCCACCUUAGGAGCUAUGGCCCGCAGAGCGCGCUGCCUGUGCAGUAUCCUCCGCCCACCGUGGGAUAUGCCUCCCGGCAAGUCCCCCCUCCCCUCGCCGGCGACGGUUAUCGAGAGCAGCCGCGACCCUAUGGCGAAUUCCCAGGAGACCGAGUACGCGUCGCAUCCGACGGCGAAUCGUACGGUGCCCCGCCGGGAGCAGCGCCACCUCGGAUGGUAGUGGACGAGUUCGGCCGUGAGUACUAUGACCCGGCUCAUCCUGCGGUUCAGCGACCCAUGGCUCCCUCGGUGAGUCCCGGAGAACCCGGUGUAGUUUACGAACGGCUACCGCCCCGAACGGCGUCCCGGCAGGCUGGGCUCGAACCCCGCAGUGAUGCCGUCAGGCACAGUGCGCAGGCACCGCCAGCAUAUGCCGUCAUGCCGAGGCGCAUUGUGACGCAGCCUGAGUAUGCCGGGUAUGACUACCGAGACACCCAUGGACGCGAGUAUUCCGCACGGCCAAUGGCGCCGCCGGCGGAGUUUGUGGAGGUUGGAGGGCCUCGCGAACGAAGAUUCUUUGGAGAAGCGCCGGGCCACCUAGCCAGGGCUCCAAGCACGAUACCGGCGGAUGCCGUACGGUACCACGAGAUGCCGCCGAGCUACGGGCGCGUGCAGAGCGUGCGGCCUGAGGUGCCAGUUCGCGAAUACGCCGCCAGCGUCCACCCAGACAGCCGCCGCGAGCUUGCCCAGCCCUAUGUUAGAAACUAUGGCGCGCCGCCCCUCGGCGACUAUCGCCAUUCAUCUCAUGCCCCGCCUGGCGGCGAGAUUGCCUUUAUCGAGCGGCCACGUGGCGCGACGCAGGAGAUUGUCUACGCGGACGACGCCAGGAGAGAGAUAUACCGGUAGGAAGGGCAGUGAGUGAGACGGCGCCCGGGCAGGAAGCGAUGCAUGCACCGGUGUUGCGUGAUUCAUAUUCUGAACAAAAUAUGUGUGUACAGAAUAGCAUUUGUGCGAGGCGGCCGGGUUGUCACAGAGAUACCCUGAAUUUCGAAGUUUGAAGCACGCUUUUUUGA